AUGGCCACCACUACUGUAUUAGAUCAGUUGCUCGAUCAGGCUGCUCUUGAUAGCGAUCUCAUACCACAAACAAAUGCCGUUGAUGAAUUAGAAAUUGCAACACAAAAUUUUGAUUUAGAUAAUGAUCCACAAGCACAGAUAUUUGUAAAAUUAGUAGCUGCGUCAACUAAUUAUGCAUCACUUCGAUUUCGAAAUUAUGUUAAAAUGAUUACAUUAACAAAAGAUUUAAUCAUAGAAAUUAAUCAAGAAGUUUCAGAAUUUAAAGAAAUAGCUGAGGAAUUUCAAAUCAUAAUACGGCGAUUUAUUAAAGAAGUUUUGGAACUUCAACAUCAAGCUCAGUUGAUGUCCUCGACAUUAGAAAAUACAGUGCAUCAUUUAGAAGUUAUUAAGAAUACUCUAUCUGCUCCAUCACAACUGACACAAUUAGAAGACAACAGACGAAACGCCGUGAAAUUAUCAAUUAAACGAUUAAAUGAAAGAGCUAAACAAUUUUGUACAAUGGCAGAGAAUACAAAGAAAGAAAUUGUCGAUUUACAAGAGGAUAUGCAAAGUCUUAAAGGAAUAGUUAAUCAAAAAAAAGAUACAGUAAAAAAUCGAAUAUAUCUGGAUCGUGCUUUAGUCUCAGGAACUCUGAGUGGUGCGGUGAUUGGCGGUAGUCUGGCGGGUACUGCUAUCGGGAGUGCAGCAUUUGGUGGCACAGGAGCACUAGUCCUCGCAGGUGUGGCCUGUCCACCUCUUCUAGCCAUCACCCUGUGUAUAGGAAUAGGAGUGGUCAGUAUUGGAGGCCUGGCUUGUCUUGUUGAAUUUAUACGAUCCAAAUAUACAAAGCAUCAACAGAAAGCCAACAAUUAUUUAGAACGUAUUGAAAAUGGUUUAAAACAGAUUCUUGAUAGUACUGAUACUGUACAUAAACUGAUUAAUCAUUCAAUAGAAAAAUCACAUGUAUUUACACUACAAAUGGAUAAUCUCGAAGAUUGGUUGAUGAAUCCAGUUUACUAUCAAGUUAGUGGUAAAAUAUGUGAAAAAGCUAUGCUCACAACAUAUGAAUUGAUAUAUGCCUUGCAUGAUCUAUGUAAUCAUGAUGUUUCAGACUGGAAUAAUUCAAAUCAGUUUACGCAUGGUGGUAAUCGUUUAUAUCUACAGUAA